AAAGUAUUUAUAUUUUUUAAAAUUGUGUUUUCUUCUGUCUUUGGUUGAUUUUAGCUGUAAAGGUCUACAACACACACCACACCACACCAUUUGCCCACGAAACUGACCCCUUUCUUGACGUCUUCUCUUCUUAUGUGACUUUUGGUUUUAAAAUGAUCAAUAAAAAUUGUUUCUUUUUCUUCUUUGUCUUAAAUUUGGUUUUAGUUUGAAAGCUUUAAUGGUGGUUUAGUGGUUUUCUCUCUCUUUUUUUUUUUUUUAAUUCUUAUUCAAGUUUUUAAAUUAUUAUCUGGGUUUGGUAGGAUUUUUUUUUAAAAAAAUUUCCUUGUGAGAUGUGAAAUUUUCAACUUUUGAUCAUCUUUCUAGGUUGGAGUUUGGGUUACUUCUCUCUUGUGAGAUGUCACCUGUUGCAAAAGUCUCUGAGUUUCACAGAGAAGGGAACGACUGGUUUUGCAAAACAGGACUGUCAAGUGAUAUCACUGUUGUUGUUGAUGAUGUGAAGUUCCAUCUUCACAAGUUUCCAUUGGUUUCAAAAUGUGGAAAGCUAGCACGGAUGUAUGAAGAUUCUAAUAUCACUGGUAAGGAAUCACUCUGGACUACAGUGCUUGAAGAGUUCCCUGGUGGCGCAGACAAUUUCCUGAUAGUUGCUAGAUUCUGUUACGGGACACGAGUAGAUAUCAACUCGAAAAACAUAGUCUCCACACAUUGUGCAGCUGACUACCUCGAAAUGACAAAUGAGUACGGGGAAGAUAACUUGAUUUCACAAGUCGAAACAUUUCUGCACAAACACGUGCUUCGCAGUUGGAAAGACUGUAUCUUGGCCUUACAAAGCUGCAACCCGGUGUUGAAGACUGCAGAAAAGCUUCAGACAAUACCAAAAAUCAUGAACGCUGUGUCCACAAUGGUUUGUACUGACCCUAGUUUGUUUGGAUGGCCUAUGAUGAUGUAUGGUACUCUGCAGAGUCCAGGUGGAAGCAUUUUAUGGAAUGGAAUAAACACGGGAGCGCGAAUGAGAAGCGCAGGUUCAGAUUGGUGGUACGAAGAUGUUUCUUAUCUUAGUGUAGAUUUGUUUAAAAGACUCAUCAAGACUAUGGAAACAAAAGGUAUACGUGCAGAAAGUUUAGCUGGUGCUAUGAUGUAUUAUGCGAGAAAGUACUUACCGGGUUUGGGACGGUGGCAGAGCGGAACAAGUGGUGACAGCAGCAAAAGUAGAAGAAGAGUUGUGAGUUUUAGUUUGGCAACAGCUUCUUCUCCAUCCUCUAUGUCUCCUGUUGAUCAGAUUGCUUUGCUUGAAACCAUUCUAAGUCUGCUACCUGAAAAGAGAGGAAGAUCAUUCUGCAAGUUCUUGUUAGGUCUUCUUCGUGUUGCUUUCAUUUUAGGAGUUGAUGGGAAUAGUGUAAAGAAGUUGGAGAAAAGAAUAGGGAUGCAGUUGGAGCUUGCAACGCUUGAGAAUCUUCUGAUUCUUAACUAUUCUGAUUCAGAGACAUUGUACAAUGUAGAUUGUGUUGAACGAAUAAUAUGCCAUUUUGUAUCGUCAUUGUCAUCUUCACAGUUACCUGAGUUCUCUCCUCCAUCUUUGGAUCCAGUGACGUCUCCUACUUCAGUGCCUUUAAGGAAAGUGGCGAAGAUGGUUGAUAACUACAUGGCAGAGGUUGCUUCUGAUGUGAAUCUGAAACCGAAUAAGAUGCGGUCUCUUGCAGCAGCUCUUCCAGAAUCUUCAAGACCCUUGUAUGAUGGUCUAUACAGAGCGUUUGAUAUCUAUUUUAAGGAGCAUCCAUGGCUUUCAGAAAGAGACAAGGAACAACUCUGCAACAUCAUGGACUACCAAAGACUCUCCAUUGACGCUUGCGCUCAUGCUUCCCAUAACGAUAGGUUACCGCUCAGAGUUGUUCUUCAAGUUCUCUUCUUCGAACAAAUGCAUCUCAGAACCGCUCUUGCAGGCGGUCUAAAUGUCACAAACACAGAAACAGCUCCUGCGGUGACGAUCCCUGGUGGAAGAACAGGACAGGAGAUAGUUCAGCGAGAUGGUUGGGUGACCAUUGUGCGGCAAAACCAGGUUUUAAAAGUUGAUAUGCAGAAAAUGAGGUCACGGGUUGGAGAACUGGAAGAUGAGUUUCAGAGUAUCAAGCAGGAGAUGAAGAAGAGAGUGAGCAAGUCCUCUAGCUCAAUGAGCUCGCCUCGUCUUGUCAAGCUUGGCUGUAAGUUUCUUCUUCCACGAGCUUCUGAUGCUAAGAAUGAUACAGUCCAUAGCUCGGUUUCCAGCACUCCUAGAUCUGCUACCGCUGACCAAACACUCCCUCAUUCCUCUCGCCAUUCCAAACACCGUAAAAGCUUCUCAUUUUUCGGGUAAUCUCCCUCCAAACAACAUUUAUCAUCCACUCCUCUCUUAAAGCCGAACACAGAGGAAGUUCCUUUUUCCUUUCUCCCUCGAGGAACUCUCUCUUUUCCCGGGGAAACCAGCAAAAAGUUCCAAAAAGGCCCAAGAACAAAAGCUGGCUUAUUUGAAGAAGAAGAUGAUCUCUUUCUGCUCAGUAAACUGUUCUGUGUUCUUUGUCCCGGUUUAGAGUCUUUGCCGCGGUUUUCUCCCGAGGUAAAAGCAUUGAAGACUCUUAUUACCAUCAAAGGCGAUAGAGUUGCGGGACUGAUCUAGGUGGUUUUUUUGGAUACAGAUAUACACGAUCAAAGUAAAUAACUAGUUAGGAUCUAUAGAUCAAAAGGGGUAUAAUUCUUGUCUGUUUUUGAUAUGAUUGUGUUUGAAUAUAUGUUGAUAUGUUGUAAGUUACAACUUGUAACUAUCUAUGCGCAUAUUUCUUCGUUAUGUGGCAAGGUUAUUGUUUUGUCAAUAAAAUAUAGAAUCUUCUUUACUACA